ACGUGUUUAUUUCAUUUGACAGUACGCAAAACAUCGUGGUCUUUUUAAACAUACAGUCAACAAUAUCGGACAAAGAUAAAAAAGUUUUAUUUUCAUUUAAAUUUUAAAUUAAAAGUGAAUUAAAUUCUUUAACAUGGGCUUUGGACGCGGAGGCGGUGGAGGAGGACGUGGAUUUGGAGGUGGUCGCGGUGGCGGCGGAGGCCGUGGUGGUGGUUUUAAUAAAGGAGGCGGCGGUGGUGGUCGUGGAGGUGGCGGAGGCUUCCGUGGAGGACGUGGUGGUGGCGGUAGCUUCAGGGACCAGGGUCCUCCAGAUCGUGUUAUUCCUCUAGGUCAUUAUUCCUACAAAUGUGAAGACGAUUUGGUCUGCAAAGUAGAAAUCGAUGAUGUUCCAUACUUCAAUGCCCCAAUUUAUUUGGAAAAUAAAGAGCAAAUUGGUAAAAUUGAUGAAAUUUUCGGCACAGUGAAAGACUACUCGGUCUCUGUUAAAUUGUCCGACAACAUGAAUGCUGGCAGUUUUAAACCACAACAGAAGUUGUUUAUUGAUCCCUCAAAACUAUUGCCCAUUGCAAGAUUUUUACCUAAACCACCUCAACCAAAAGGUGCCAAAAAGAAGGGUCCAGCUGGUGGUGUUGGUAACCAGAGAGGUGGUCGUGGUGGUGGUGGCCGUGGAGGCGGUGGUGGCUUUGGUCGCGGAGGUGGUGGUGGUGGCCGUGGAGGCGGUGGCGGUUUUGGACGCGGAGGUGGUGGUGGCGGCGGCGGUUUUGGCCGUGGAGGUGGUGGUGGAGGACGUGGCGGUGGUGGUGGACGCGGAGGUGGCCGCCCUCGUUGGUAAAAUUUAUAUCCAUAUGUUAUAAGCAUUUUUAGAAGAGCUCCUGAGGUUACCCCACUAUUUAGAUUUAAGUAGACUUUCUAUCUAAUAUGAAUGUAUAAGUACUUUUAAAAAAUAUACGAUUUCUGUGUAUAUUAGUAACAAACAAUUUUAUACAUUUUAAUUAUUACUAAAUAACAAUGUCAGAAUGUUUUUUAGAAUAAUAUUAGGAUUUAAGUACAUUCAAGUGUACGUAAAAUGUUAAAACUUAAUAAAGUUUUUUUUUCUAAAAAACAACC